AUGAAUGACUCUCAGCUUGUGACCUGUGACACUAAGCUACGAGAUCAGUGCAAAGGGACCACAUGCAACAGGUACGAGUGUCCUGCCGGCUGUCUAAAGUCCACAGGGAAGGUGGUUGGGACAGUACACUAUGAGAUGCAAUCCAGUAUCUGCCGUGCUGGCCUCCACUCUGGCGUGGUAGACCCAGAUGGAGGAUGGCUGGACGUCACCAGACAAGGCAGGAGGGACUUCUUCAUCAAGUCCAACAAGAAUGGAGUUCAGUCUCUCGGGAAGUAUCAGAGCGCCAACUCUUUUAUCAUCUCCAAAGUAGCAGUGAAAGCUAUCAGCUGUGAGACCACGGUGGCUCAGAUGUGUUCAUAUCAAAAACUAGUAAAGCACUGCCCAAGGUUAUAUUGCCCCCAGAACUGCUUGGAGGAGAACCCUAACAUAUCACGGGUCAUCGGAACCGGAAUCUAUUCAGAUAAAUCCAGUAUAUGCCGGGUGGCGGUUCACGCAGGGGUGCUUCAGAACAAUGUGGGUGGCUACAUCGACGUGAUGCCGGUAGACAAGCGGAAACAGUACAUUGCCUCGUACCAAAACGGCAUUACUUCCGAGAGUCUUCAGAACCCACCAGGAGGAAAGGCAUUCCGGGUGUUUGCUGUGAUCUGAAUGUUCCGUGUUCUGACUGAGUGUUCCAUGUUCUGGCUGAGUGUUCCAUGUUCUGACUGAGUGUUCCGUGUUCUGACUGAGUGUUCCGUGUUCUGACUGAGUGUUCUGUGUUCUGACUGAGUGUUCUGUGUUCUGACUGAUUGUUCCAUGUUCUGACUGAGUGUUCCGUGUUCUGAAUGAGUGUUCCAAAUUCUGGCUGAUAUUUCCGACUGAGUGUUUCGUGUUCUGACUGAGUGUUUCGUGUUCUGACUGAGUGUUUCGUGUUCUGACUGAGUGUUACGUGUUCUGACUGAGUGUUUCGUGUUCUGACUGAGUGUUCCAUGUUCUGAAUGAGUGUUCCAAAUUCUGGCUGAUAUUUCCGACUGAGUGUUUCGUGUUCUGACUGAGUGUUUCGUGUUCUGACUGAGUGUUCCAUGUUCCGACUGAGUGUUUCGUGUUCUGACUGAGUGUUCUGUGUUCUGACUGAGUGUUCCGUGUUCUGAAUGAGUGUUCCAAAUUCUGGCUGAUAUUUCCGACUGAGUGUUUCGUGUUCUGACUGAGUGUUCCGUGUUCUGACUGAGUGUUCCGUGUUCUGACUGAGUGUUCUGUGUUCUGACUGAGUGUUCCGUGUUCUGACUGAGUGUUCCGUGUUCUGACUGAGUGUUCUGUGUUCUGACUGAGUGUUCCGUGUUCCGGAGGUAAGGAGCUCCAUCUCUCCUCUCUCACCAAACACAGAAUCAAUCAUCUCUGCUGUCCGUUUGGCUGAAUGGCCCGUGAACACUCCUCUCUGCUGUCAAAAGCUGAAAAUGACUGAAACGUUUUUCUGGCCUUUUCACGAGCCGCGACGUCAGAGGACGUCUCCACGGAAACUAUAGACAUUUAUCACAGGUACGGGCAGUGCUGAAUGAAGAGAGAUGGGAGAGAGAGAGAGCAAGGCUGGUGCUCAGUGCAGUCCCGUUUUAAUGUUUUAACGUCAUCUGGUUCAUUUUAUAAACUCUAUAUAUUUGACGUAAUUGCUAGAAUUACUUUAAACUGUAAAGUGCAGUACCAGUCAAAAGUCUGGACACACCGACUCAUUCAAGGGUUUUUCUUCAUUUUUAUUGUAGAAUUAUAGUGAAGACAUCAACAUUAUGACAUAACACAUAUGGAAUCAUGUACAGUGCCUUGCGAAAGUAUUCGGCCCCCUUGCACUUUGCGACCUUUGGCCACAU